AUGAUUGUGUUCAAAUUGACUUUUUUUCCUAAAAAUCUUCAGGGAACUGGAUUACAGAGAUCGUUUCCUGUGUUAAAUGAAGCAAUUAACAAAAUCGCUAACGAUCUUAAUGGCUUUCCACGGUCCUUCAAGAUAGCAGACUUGGGUUGUUCUUCUGGCCCAAAUACCUUAUUCCUUGUAGCCAACAUAAUUGAUAUGGUCCAUGACAUAUGUUCAGAAAAUAAUUCUCAAGUGCCACAGUUUCAGGUGUUCUUAAACGAUCUUUUUGAAAACGACUUCAACACAGUUUUCAGGUCAUUGCCUGCAUUCUAUACAAAGAUGAGGGAGAAGAAGGGAGAUGAUUGUGGAUCUUGUUUUGUUUAUGCGGUUCCAGGUUCCUUUUAUGGUAGACUUUUUCCAAACGAGAGUAUCCACCUUUUUCAUUCAUCAUAUGCCGUUCACUGGCUUUCUCGGGUACCUCAAGGCCUUGAAAACAACAAGCUUAACAUAUAUAUGGCGAAAACCAGUCCAACAAAUGUGUUUAAAACAUACAGGAAGCAAUUUGAGAAAGACUUCACAAAACUUUUACUACUGCGUUCUCAGGAAAUGAUAAGCGGUGGGCGUAUGAUUCUAACAAUUCCAAGUCGGAGCGUCGCUGAUCCAACUAGCGAAGAUUGCUGCAUUAUUUGGGAACUUCUAGCCAAAUCACUUGUUGAUAUGGUCAAAGAGGGCCUGGUUCAAGAAUCUAAAAUCAAUUCUUUUAACAUCCCAUAUUAUACACCAUACGAAGACGAGGUUAGGGAUGUUAUUCAACAAGAGGGUUCGUUUUCUCUUCACAGUUUGAACGGUUUUCCGCUUCAUUGGGAACCAUAUAAUACCGACACGAAUGUAUCUGAUCUGCCGGUACGUGGGAUAAACACAGCAAAACUCAUAAGAGCUGUCAUCGAGCCAAUGAUGGCAAAUCAUUUUGGAAAGUCAAUAAUGGACUUGCUAUUUAAAAAGUACCAAGAGCAUGUGGUUGAUCAUCUAGCUACCAAGAAAGGGGUGAAUUAUAGUUUAGUCAUUUCUCUAGUUAAACAUUAAGUUGUUCCUCGGAGCAUAAAUAUCC